AUGGCGGAUACCGGCGGUUUUUCGAGACCCACCGCAGUCUCUGCCAACCGCAGGGAUACGUGGAAAUGCGUGACAUCAAGCACCGCGCCACAUGCGAGACCCAGAUGCACCGGGUACUUCAGGCGGCCAAGCUCACGCGCGCGCGCCUGUUCCACCACCCUCCACGACGCUGUUCCCUGCAUGCGCGCCUGGCGUCAUGCAGUGCUUUUGACCCACCUUCGCCUCUUGCGCGCAAACGUUCGACCAAACUACGCCGCGCCGAUCUGUUGGCGCCGCCCGCCGCAUUGUUCCACCGCGCGCUGCUGCUGCUGGCGCUGCUUGCACUGCUGCUGCUGCUGCUCUGCUCCGAACCUUCGUCAUUCGCGUUUCUGUCGAGCGACCUGCUCAUCGAGUCAGUGGCUACGCCGACCGGAGACACAGAUCUAUUUGAUGGGAAAUCAGAUUUGGAACGAAGUUUCACAUUCCCCAGCAGGCCGCGGCUUGCCUUAG